CCCAUAAGCCAUCCUUUCUUCCUCCUGGACUACAUUUUAAAUUCAUGAAGCAAUUAAGACAUCCCUUUCGUGCCUCUUCAUCAUAUUAUAUAUAUGCAGCACUGCAAUUAUAUGGCAUCGCAUGUUCAUAUCGGAUGAUGUAAAUAUGUUAGCUUCUAGUUUGUUUAGCAGCCUCUACUGCUGGCUUUAUAUAUAUAUAUAUAGAAAGUGCUGCUGCUACUGCUUCUUUCUCUUCUGCUUACUCAGUUGGAAUCUCAAGGGUAAAUCUUAGUAUUGUUGCGGCUUUUGGCAUUCUAAGCUCGCAAGAGCUGCUGCUAUGCUUGGAACCAAGUUAAAACUUCAACAAGCACAUUAUCGGGGGUGAAGAUAUAUCAUUACAUGCUAAAGGGCUUGUAGGUUUUAUACAGGAACGGUGAAGAUGAUGGGACCUCUUGUUGAAUAAAAGUUGAGUAUAUAUCUGCCCAUUACCAAAAACCAAUAUGCUGAAAAGAAACAAAGGGUUAUGUCAACGUACCAGUAAUCAAUUGAGUGGCUGUCUCGCCUUCGAGUGUCCUUGUCAGAGUAUGCACAUGUUUGUGCCUGUGGGUUUUCCUGUCUGUUGGUAUGCAUAUAAUUUUCGGCAACUUCAUUUCAUGGUAUUAUAGCGUUAAUACAUUUUAUCUUCAACAGAAACCAUUAUGGAAAUGUAUUUACUAAUAUCACGUAAGCGAUCUGGAAUCUUUCAGAAACUGUCUUUCAAUCAAACGUUGCAGUGUUGCAAGGGGAAAAACCAAUCAUUCACGACCUUUUGAUUAAAGGAAGAAAAAAUGAAGUUUAUGAAAAUUGGGACAAAGCCAGACACCUUCUACACUGAAGAGGCUACCAGGACUGUGAUUUCAGAAGUACCAAGUGAUCUUACAAUAAGGAUUAACAACAUCUGUUAUCUUCUACAUAAGUUGCAGAUUCCACUUCUUCCAAAAUGUGGCCUCCUACAACGGCUCUGCUCUGAUUCUGAUGAAUCUGACAUUGUAACUAUAGAUCUUCACGAUAUCCCGGGAGGUGAAGAUGCUUUUGAACUCUGUGCUAAAUUUUGCUAUGGGAUAACAAUCAAUCUCAGCGCCCAUAACUUUGUACCUGCAUUGUGUGCUGCUAAGUUCCUUAGAAUGACUGAAUCAAUUGAGAAGGGAAAUUUUGUCCUAAAACUAGAAGCUUUCUUCAAUUCAUGCAUUCUUGAAGGUUGGAAGGACUCGAUUGUCACAUUACAGACUACAAUUAAGUUACCUGAGUGGUCAGAAAACCUUGGAAUCAUUAGAAGGUGCAUUGAUUCUAUUGUAGAGAAAAUCCUCACACCCCCAGCAAAGGUUUCAUGGUCCUACACUUAUACUAGACCAGGGUAUAUAAAAAAACAACACCAGUCGGUCCCAAAAGAUUGGUGGACGGAAGACUUAUCCGAUCUUGACAUAGACCUAUUUCGAUGCAUAAUUACUGCUGUAAGAUCAACCUAUAGACUACCACCACAGCUCAUUGGUGAAGCUUUGCAUGUUUAUGCGUGUCGUUGGCUACCAGACACUACAAAGUCUAGACCCCCACAGAGUUCAGCGUCUCGGACUGAAGAAUCUAAGGAAAAAAGCAGGCGAAUUCUUGAAUUUAUUGUGAGCAUGAUUCCUGCUGAUCGAGACUCUGUUUCAAUAGGCUUCUUGUUAAGGCUCCUUAGCAUUGCAAAUUAUCUAGGAGUGUCCCCAGUAACAAAGACUGAACUGGUAAGGAGAGCUGGUCUGCAAUUUGAGGAGGCAACAGUUGGUGAUAUGCUAUUUCCUUCACAGUUGUCCUCCGAUCAGCACUUUUAUGAUAUUGACAUGGUUGCAGCUGUAAUAGAAAGUUAUUUGGUGCUAUGGAGAAGACAAGCUCCUGCAUCUGCAGAAAACAGCCACUUGCUUCGAUCAAUUAGAAAUACUGGGAAGCUUAUAGAUUCCUAUCUUCAAGUUGUUGCAAGGGAUGUGAACAUGCCAAUAUCCAAACUAGUUUCUCUAGCUGAAGCAUUGCCAGAUAUUGCCAGGAAAGAUCACGAUGGCCUUUAUAAAGCCAUUAACAUUUAUCUCAAGGAGCACCCUGAUGUAAGUAAAGCAGACAAGAAAAGGCUGUGCAGAAUGCUAGACUGCCAGAAACUGUCCCCAGAGAUACGUGCCCAUGCUGUGAAGAACGAGAGGCUACCAUUGAGAACAGUGGUGCAAGUCCUGUUUUUCGAACAAGAGAGUGGUUCCAGGGCAACAAGUCAUAAACCGGAGGUAAUCGUUAGAGGAAGACAGACACAAGCUGCGGAAGAAGAGAGUAAUUAUAAGCUGCAACAGGAGGCGAGAAGGAGCAGGGUUCCUGAAAGUAGCAAAAGAGAGCGUCAGAAUAGAUUGGAGGGAAACGUGGUGAGGGGAGAAAAAGGGGAAGCAGAAUCCGAAAAGGGCAAAGAAAGGAGAGGUGAAGCGAAUUCUGCAAGCAAGGUGGUGGAUCCUAAGAAGAUAGUAAGAAGGAGAAGUAGUAGAUCUGAACAUCAACAAUGGCUUGAAGGCGAUAAAGGCCGAGAGAGAUAGUUGAAUUGAAUUAAUUAAUGCAAACAGAGGGUCAAGACCCACUCUCUCUAUAUAUAUGUAUAUGCCUGAAUUGAUUUCUCUUUGCUAUUGUGUUCUCUGUACGGUUUUGCGUUCAUAAAUUGCAGUGCUGUAAUGCCCCAUUUGUGGUAGCUUAAUUAGGAAAGGGACUUCU